UUUAAAUUCAACGCUACAUUUAAUGUUUAACGACAAUGGUUCAAUUCCAGCUAGAAGAUUAAAAGUAUUUCCGGUUCCGUAUAAAUGGUGGGAUCAACAACUUGAAUUUUUUAUAAUGAUAAAUCUUCAAUAAGAUUUUAUAUUAUUUACUUUUAUUUUGUAAAUUUUGAAGGUAAAAUUUAGCGUUUUAAAAUAUAUGCUGAUAGAAACACGAUUAAAGUACAAUAGUUGACGGAAAAUAGCAGAAAAUGAUAAAUUAAUCGUACAAAUCUUUAUUUUCGCAAUAAAAGAUAUAGUAGGGAGAUGUUUAAAUCUAAAUCAUCAGACGGUUUGGUAACCAAUAAUCAAGGCAUGCCUCGAUUAAGAAAACAGCUCUCCAUGGAAAAUCGGCCAAAAACUAGAAAAUUUAUUGGACUUCCUGCUCCAAGCCAUUCUAAAACAUCUAAGACAAUCAAUUUUGAAAAAAAGAUUGCUCAGAAUUUGAAAAAUUUUGAAGAAAACCAAUUAAACCAACCAUCUCUUGAAUAUCAAACUAUUAAGAAGACUAAUCAAGAAAUUGAAACUAAAGAUGUGGCGAAAUGUUUUUCAAUCAAGAAGGCGGACUACAAUGAGGAAGCAAAAAGUUUAAAGCCAAAAGAUGAUAAACAAUCCUCUGACGGAAAUAAUGAAUUUCAUAAUAAAUUUCUAAAACCAAAAUUUUCGGAUAAUAUGUCAAUAGGAAUGGAAACAGUUUCAAAUGAUGGCGACUUGAGUCAUGUUAAAAUUAAAGAUGAUGAUCCAAGAUUGAAUUUGAAAGAAUGGGGUUUACCAGAUUGCGUACUUAACAAGUAUAAAGAAAAAGGUAUUGAGUCAAUGUUUCCUUGGCAAGCUGAAUGUUUAAGCUGUGGAAAAGUUUUAGAUGGGGAAAAUUUAGUAUAUUCAGCACCAACGUCUGCCGGUAAAACCUUAGUUGCAGAGUUAUUAAUGUUCAAAAGAGUUAAAGAGAAAAAGAAGAGGGCAAUUUAUAUCCUCCCGUUUGUUAGUGUUGCAAGAGAGAAAAUGUUUUCGUUACAGGGGCUGUUUGAAGAUGAUGGUUUAAAAGUAGGUGGAUAUAUGGGCUCACAGUCUCCAUCUGGCGGUUUCAUGAGUAUUGAUAUUGCUGUAUGUACUAUUGAAAAAGCUAAUAAUUUAAUUAAUCGAUUGUUGGAGGAAAAUGAAUUAGAUCAUUUGGGAACGAUAGUGAUUGAUGAGUUACAUAUGAUAGGAGAUACUUCAAGAGGUUAUUUACUAGAGUUGCUGCUCACAAAAGUCCGAUUUGCCUGCAGAAAUAAACUCCUUGGUUCUUCAAAUGUUCAAAUUAUUGGAAUGAGUGCAACUUUACCAAAUUUACAUGUUCUGGCUACAUGGUUAGACGCCCAGCUUUAUAAAACGUCAUUUCGACCUGUACCUUUAUAUGAAAGAGUUAACUGUGGUAACUUGGUCUAUGAAUCAACCACAGUUGAAUCUUACGAGGCACCAAAAGUUUAUCUCGAUAAAAUAUUAACAAAAGAGGAAGAUAGACGAAUUGUUGGAUUUUGUCGGCAAACAAUUAAUCUUGGGGGAGGGGUCUUAAUAUUCUGUUAUAGUAGAGAUUGGUGUGAAACGCUUUCAAAUACUAUAGCUCAUAGCUUUUACACUUUAAAUCAAGAAGAAAAGUCUAUUCUAUUAGAUAAUAGUGCUUUAUCUGAAAUAUGUGAGCAAUUAAAAAGAUCAACCGUGGGUUUGGACGAUUUACUUGGUCGAGAGAUUAAACAAGGUGUAGCUUAUCAUCAUGCUGGCUUAACAAUUGACGAAAGAGAUAUCGUAGAAGCUGGCUUUAAAAAUGGAUAUAUUAAAGUUCUUGUUGCCACAUCAACGUUGUCAAGUGGAGUUAAUCUACCUGCUCGAAGAGUUAUUAUUCGUAGUCCUACUGCUUAUGGUAAUAAAAUUAUGGAAGUUGGCGUUUAUAAACAAAUGGCAGGAAGAGCUGGAAGGCAGGGGGUAGAUAAAGUUGGCGAAUGUAUUGUUAUGUGUGAUGAAAGACUGAAAGAGAGAACUUUUCAACUAAUAAAUGGUGAGAUGUUACCCGUUAGAAGCUGUUUGGAAGGGAGGGGUGGUUUGACUAGUAGUUUGAAAAGAGCAAUCCUAGAAGUUGUGGCCAGCGGUGCUGCUAAGACUGUUGAAGAUGUAAACUACUACACAGAUUGUACACUUUUAGCGAGUUAUGCACAAGAAGAUGAAAUGGAUUUGGAGGAUUGCCUUGAAUAUCUAGUAAAGAAAGAGUUUAUUCAUAAAGAAGGUUGUCAUGUCAGUCCUACUCAGCUAGGGUCGGCAACUCUGGCUUCGGGUUUGAGUCCAGAUGAGUGUCUUGUUGUUUUCAGGGAGCUUGAAAAAGCUAGACGAUCGUUCGUCCUUUCCUCUGAUCUUCACCUAAUUUACGAAAUAACUCCAACCUAUUUAGCCGAAUCAUGGGGUAAUCCGAAUUGGAGUCGUUAUGAUGAGAUUUAUGACAAACUACUUGAAGAAGAAAAGAAAGUGGCAGAAUUUUGUGGAGUGAAGGAAAGCUAUAUAGCUUUAGCUAUUAGUAAGAAUGGCGUUAAAGUGGGAACAGAUCAACAAAGGCGUUUAUUAGCUGUUCAUAAGCGAUUUUAUACUGCUCUAGCAUUGCACGAUAUUAUGAAUGAAAUAAAUAUUCGCGAAGUGUCAGAAAAAUACGGAGUGAAUAGAGGAGGUUUGCAAACACUUCAGCAGUCUGCUGCUACAUUUGCGGGUAUGGUUACAAUUUUAUGUGAAAAACUAGGAUGGCAUAGAAUGCAACGUUUACUUUCUGAUUUUCAACCCCGGUUAAAUUUCGGAGUCCAAAGGGAGUUAGUAGAUCUUGUCAGGAUUGAUGGCCUUACGGCAGAUAGAGCAAGAUACUUUUAUAAUAGUGGGUUUAGAAAUGCUGCCAGCGUUGCUCACGCUUCAACUAAUGAUAUUGAAAAAAUAUUAAGGAACACAACACCUUUCGAAAGUAAUAAUCAAAGUGGUUGUGAAUUAAAUUUGGAGCAAAAAUGUCGAUCAAGGAAUAUAUUAAUUGAAAGUUUACAAAAAGCUCUUACUGAACGAGAAGCUGCUGAAUAUAUAAUCAAUGAAGCUAGAAGGUUACUUAUAGAAGACUUAUCGAAAUUGGGAGUUGAAUUGAAGGAUGUUAGGUUCUGUAAUGAUAGAGAAGAUAAAGAUAUGUCACCUAAUUCAGCAUCAACCAUUUCUAAGCCUGACAUAAAACAGAAUACUCCUACCAGACCUAGCAAUUUCAAAUGCGAUUUAGCAAAGACGUUAAUUAAUAUCACAAAGAAUGAAGAAUCCAUACUCAAUCCACCCUCUUCUAUAACGCAUAAAUCGUUUUCAUCUGACAUUACUAAGAGAAUUGGAUGUUCGAAACGAAAAUGCGAAGAUUCACCCAAUGUUGAAAAGAAAAAGCAGAAAAGUCCGGAGCAUCAAGAAAGAGUUGAAAAAAUGAUGCUUGAAAGAGAUGUAAGCCCUUUUGAAGUAUCAAUGAGCCUAGGAGAUUCUAUGUUCUUCACUAGUCAGCUUCUUAAUUUAACUGACAAAAUUAAGGACGUCAGCGAAGAAGCCAAAAAUCAGUUUGAUUGCCACAAAGAUGACAUACAAGAAAGGAAACAGAUGGACAGCAAAGGAAUACUUUCCGAUAUAAAUGUACCAAAUGAGAACAAAAUUGAAGACAAAAUUCAAUUAAGUAUUGACGAUUCCAUGUUUUUUAAUAGCCAGUUGUUAAAUAUAACUGAUAUCGAUGACAAACCGGCUGAUAAACAAACCCCUAUUUCAACUUCAACACAAAAAAGCUAUAGGAAAGAACAAAGAUCCUCACUCGAUUUAUUUGCAGAUGGUUCAGGAAAUGCAACUGAUAUGAUAAUUCAAAAUUUUAAUACGCAAAAGACUUCUAAAAAGACAGAUAUUUGUAAAAAUGUAAUGGAUAUUACGGGUGAAAUGUCCAUUCUGGGUAUAGAAUCUUCUAUUGUUGCAAGUGACGGUGAAGAAGAUGUUAGAAUGGCGUUUGACGAUGACAUUAUAGCUUCAACACCCUUAACUGAAAGGAAUAGUAGGACUCCUUUAAGAAACGAUUCAAAUAUUAUCCCAAGUAGUCAGUCAAUAUUGCCUGGUACCCCCGAAAUAUUAUCUAUGACGCCAUCCUUAUUUAAUAUUGUAGAUGUUGCAUCAAAUAAAAAACUUUUUGAACUAUUCACAAAUGACUGGAAAAGAGCUAAAAAGUAUUCGUUAUGCACUGCUUGCUCUUUUGAUGAGGAUGAACAGAGGUGCGUAGUUGGCUUAAGUGUUUGCUGGGGAGGUCACGAUGUCUAUUACAUAGGUUUACGAGACGUUUCGGCAUUCGAUUCUGUUAAUAGCCUAGCCGCAGAAUCAUUUUGUAAUGACUUAACGUUGGAAGAGAAAGUAUCAGUCAUCAGAGAAAUUGUCCACGAUAAAGCUGCUACUCAAAUAGCUUUUGAUCUCAAGUCUCAUAUGAGAGUAUUAUCUAAAUCUUAUGGUAUAUUAAUGAAUGGACGUCUAAGAGAUCCACAAGUAGGAAUCUGGUUACUCGAUCCUUCAGCUGAUCAUAUAACUUUCAGACAUCUGCUUAAAAAUUAUUAUCCAGAAAAGAGUCAACUUGUCGAAUACUCCGUUGGAUCGAAUGGCCACAAUUCAAUAGGUUUAAGUCCGCUUACUGGUAAUCCAUCAGCGAGCAGGAUAAGGUCUUGCGUUGAGUGCUUAGUAGCUUUUCAUUCUAUGAAAUCUGUAAGGAAGAGAUUAGAGGAAGAGAAUAUAUGGACAACUUUUACAAAAUUAGAAAUGCCCAUUGUUGGAAUAUUAGCUUAUAUGGAACUUAACGGAUUUGGUUAUAGUCAAGAAGGAUGCGAUCAACAAAGGCAGAUUCUAAUUGACAGAUUAAAUAAGAUUGAAGAAGAUGCAUAUAAUAUAGUUGGACACGAGUUCAGUUUAAGCUCGUCCGAUGACAUUGGUAAAAUACUUUUUGGCGAAUUGAAAUUACCCAUUGAUCCAGAUUUAAGACAAAAGAAAAAAUUAGGAAUGUGCAGAGUAAAAAAGAAAUGGUCUACUAAAAAGGAAAUACUUGAAAAAUUAACUAAGCUACAUCCAUUGCCAGGAAUGAUUUUGGAAUGGAGAAAACUGAACUUAGCUGUUACAAAGAAUAUAUCACCAUGGCAACUGGAGAAAACUUUUUGCAUUAGAACGAAUAUUAAUAGAAUAUUUGGUGUAACUAUUAGUACAGCAACUGGAAGAGUUUCGAUGCACGAUCCUAAUUUGCAAAACGUUCCCCGAGAUUUUGAUAUUGAAGUUGAUUCAUUAGAUGGGCCAGAAAAGAGAAUUGUCAGUAUGAGGAAAUCAUUUAUUCCAUUUAAAGGUGGCGUCCUAAUAGCUGCAGAUUAUUCACAAUUAGAGCUACGUAUAAUGGCUCAUUUAUCAAAUGAUGAGAAGUUAAUAAAUAUAUUAAAUUCUGGAGUAGAUGUCUUCAAAGGUAUUGUUGCUAAAUGGCGUUCAAAGGAUAUAAACGAAGUAACUAGUUCAGAACGCCAACAAGCGAAACAAAUAUGCUAUGGGAUUCUUUAUGGCAUAGGUCCAAAAUCUUUAAGCGAACAAUUGGAAAUAAGUGAAAUAGAAGCACUUGAAUUUAUAGAUAGUUUUAAAAGUGAAUAUGCAGGAUUACGCCAUUUCCUAUGCGAAACUGUUCAUAAGUGCCGUAACUAUGAAUAUGUUGAAACAAUUAGUGGAAGAAAACGCUACCUGCCGAAAAUAAAUUCAAUGCAGUCUAUGCCAAAAGCUCACGCUGAGAGACAAGCUGUUAAUACUACUAUACAAGGAUCGGCUGCAGAUAUUGUUAAGGAAGCUAUGAUUAAAAUAGACAAGGAAUUGAAGAAAAAAUUUCCUGAUUGUAGAAUACCACAUUCACAUAAUAAUAGAAAUCGAAAAGACAUUGCCGAUCCACCAAAUGGAGGCUUCCUGGUUCUUCAAUUGCAUGAUGAGCUCAUCUACGAGUGUCGUCUUAAUAUGAGUAGACAAGUUGCUGAAGUAAUGAAGAAAUGCAUGGAAAACACUGUCAAAUUGAGAGUCUUAUUACCAGUUAGCGUCAAAAUAGGAUUUAAUUGGGGUGAAUUGGAAACUUAUAAUUUCUGACAUGAUAAAAAUAUAGGCAUAUUAUUGAAGAGACAACUUUUUUCUUCAUUUAUUUCUUUUACAAAAAUUUAAUCGAACAGGAUAAAUUUUUAUAUGAAUAAAAUUAUCGUAUUAUAA